CAACCAGGAGCACCAGGAAACAACGGAAACCCAGGACAGCCAGGAAACCCUGGAGGACAAGGAACACCAGGACCCAAGGGACCUCCCGGACCUGCCGGAAACCCAGGACAACCAGGAUCACCAGGACAACCUGGACAACCAGCCUACUCCAUUCCACCCACCCCUGGACAACCCGGACCCCCAGGACCUCCUGGACCACCUGGACCACCCGGCAGCGAUGGACAGCCAGGAAACCCAGGAGGACCCGGACAACCUGGACCCAAAGGACCACCUGGAGGCGAUGGACAACCUGGAAACCCUGGAAAUCCAGGACGACCGGGAGAGAGAGGUGGACCAGCUACUCCAGGAGAGCGUGGUAUUUGCCCCAAAUAUUGCGCCCUCGACGGUGGUGUCUUCUUCGAGGACGGAACUCGUCGCUAG